AUUGCCAAGCGAUACAACAUUACCUAGAAUUUCCAUUGAGAAACACUGCCUUGUGUGUUGAGGGAGACAGACUUGUAAUUGUCUUUCUUAAUUUUGUAGUGGUGGAGAGAUGGCCUUGCACUUGACAUGGGUUUUUGGUUUCGGUCUUUUAGGCAACUUCAUCUCUUGUUUGGUCUGCCUUGCUCCUCUGCCAACAUUUUAUCGAAUUUGCAAGAAGAAGACCAGCCAAGGGUUCCACUCUAUCCCUUAUGUGAUUGCACUGUUUAGUGCCAUGCUUUGGUUAUUCUAUGCACUUUUCAAGGAGGAUGCCCUCCUUCUAAUCACCAUCAAUUCUUUCACCUUUUUCAUGGAGAUAGGCUACAUUUUUAUGUACCUUCUCUAUGCCACGAAGAAGGAUAAAAUUCUGACUUUCAAACUUCUCCUAUUGUUCAAUGUUUUCGGGUUCGGUCUCAUCUGUGUACUGACUCGCUUCCUAACACAACGCCAAAAACGCGUCCAAGUUCUUGGAUGGAUUUGCAUGACAUUUUCUCUAUGCGUUUUUGUUGCACCACUUUUCAUUGUGAGAAAAGUUAUAAGAACAAAGAGCGUGGAGUUCAUGCCUUUUUCUUUAUCAUUCUUCCUCACUUUGAGCGCCGUCAUGUGGUUCUUCUAUGGCUUUCUAAAGAAAGACCAGUUUGUUGCUGUUCCAAACAUACUGGGGCUUCUCUUUGGUAUUCUCCAGAUGGUGCUUUAUAUGAUCUAUAGGAACUCCAAGAAAGUUGUGGUGGUGGAGCCUAAACUUAAAUUAGACAUAUCUGAACAUGUUGUGGACCUUGAAAAGUUGGGUGCAGCAAUCUGCUCCGAGAUAGCUAUAGGGAUUCCAAAGCUCAUGAAUGAUGGUGGAGAUGGAAUUAUUGAAGAUCAAAAUGCCAAGGAACAGACCAAGAAAAUCAUGAAAGCCAUGGAUGUCACCAACAAACUUUAGCAGCUGCAUUUGAGUGUUAUUACAAUUUGCGUGUAACUAUAUCUAUGCAUGAUGCAUGUGGUCGGUCCUUAAUUAUGUGAUUAGUGUCAGUUUGGUCUGUCUUCGUGCAAUUAAAUUAAGCUUCGUGUCAAUGAUCUCUCCCCUAGAUUAGUGUCUCCAUCAUUUCGGGUGGUGAUCAGUCGAAGACUCCGCCUCUAGAUUCAUGUAAUUAAUUUAUGCUUGUUGAAGAAAAUAUUCAUAAAAAUUAAGCAAUCUGUCAUUAUUUAUGUUUAAUAAUUAAUCAAUGGAAUGUAACUCGUGCCAUGGCCUUUGUUUGCUGCUCUA